UUCCUCAUCGUACAAACAUUUCUUUUCCAGUCUUCCGUCCAAACAUUUAGCAAUGUUUUAGAAACUAAGCAAGACGUUGCUUGGAAUGAUUUGCCUUUGUCUGGAAAGAAAAGCGUUGUAUCUUCUCUUCUUCAAGUACUAGAUGAAAGUUCUUUGCUUUUGGCUGAAACAUCCAGUGAUGAUGGAUCAUUUUCUUUAGUUAAAGCUAAUGUAUUGUUAUCGCUCCAAGUUUUGAAAUCAAAGAAUGCGAAAACCAUGUUCUUUCCGGUAUUCGGUGAAAUAGCAUCUGAAAAUGAAGCUAUGAAUUGGAUGAAUAUGCAGGACAGGCUUAUUAUUCCUCACCAGGCUAUUGAAGAUUAUGCAAAAAAUGGCAUGUAUAAAGUGGUGUUUACUGCUUUCAACAGACUUCAUAACCUUCUUAAGCCAAGUUCAGCAAUUUUCCAACCUACUCAUGGACAUAUUUCUGAUAACAUCACUCGUAUAAUUAAUUCGAGAGUCAUAGGUGCUGCUUUAGAUAGACGAGGAAAUCUGAAACUUUAUCAGCCAGUUGUUAUAACUUUGAAGCACCUUGUUGAAGAAAACGUGACCAACCCAGUGUGUGUUUAUUGGGAUCUCCAUACAAGGGAUUGGUCUGCUCAAGGCUGUUGGAUUGAGUCUACUAACAAGUCUUACACUGUUUGCUUAUGUGAUCAUUUGACAAAUUUUGCUGUUGUAAUGGAUCUCCAAAUGGAUAUGGUAACUCCCGUUGAUUUGCAUCAUUUGCACAUGAUUAUAACAACUAGCUGUGCAUUUUCAGUCGCUGCCUUACUUCUUACUGUUAUAAUUCUGUUCUCUUUAAGCUUGGAUCUAUCAGAGGAUAGCACAUUUAUUCACAGAAAUAUGUUUCUCUGCCUUCUCAUCUCGGAGCUUGUCUUCCUUGUUGGCAUCAAGCAAACAAAACAUUAUAUUCCAUGUGCCAUUGUAGCUGGACUUCUACAGUACUUAUUCUUAGUUAUCUUUUCUUGGAUGUUUUUCGAGUGUUACCAUCAAUAUGUGAUCCUUAUUCGAUCUUGUAAUACCAAGAAAGAGAAAUUCUGCUGGUAUUAUGCAGCUGCAUAUAUCAUACCUGGAAUAAUUACUGGAACGUCUGCCGUUGUAGAUCCUAAAAGCUAUGGAACCGAAAAAUACUGUUGGCUACAAUCUGAUAAUUACUUCGUCUUUAGUUUCGUUGGCCCUGCUGUUAGCAUAAUUUUUGGUGGUCUAGUUUUCUUAUGCAUUACAUUAUGUAUGUUCUCGCACAACUUGUCAAUGACUUCUACUUUAAAAGACAAAGAUAGUGCAAAUCUACAGAACUACAG